CCAGGGUAGAGUGUCACUCGGGGCGGGGUGGGGCGGGCUUUGGCAGGCGAUGCCCCGCCCCAGCGGGCUUUGGGGCGGGGUGAGCCAUAACCCUUCCCGCCCCAAGGCCCCGGUGGGUUGGGGCGGGUUUUGGCCCAAACCCCCGAGACUCUCCAAACUAUACCCAAUCAGUCGAUCGGAUAUCGCACUAUUCCAACCAUGGUUAGUUUGGGGCAGCUAACGGGGCGGGUUUCCCAGCCCACCCCGAAUUCUCAGUAAUUUUUGUAUUCAGAACAUGAUUACUCGAUAGUUUAUGCAGCCAUGUAUAAUUACAGCCAGAUUACCAUAUUGAAAUACAUCCUCGUGCGAAGGUCUAAGUUGUUUAUCAUUGCA